AAGUGGUCACAGCUCGCCUCUAUUGGGCCUAAUCCCGCCAUCUGUCAGAGAGCAAGCGACCGAGCACCUCGCUCAUCUCCUGGGCCAAGAAGGAGGCAGGCAGCACCAUGGAGGACACGUACCUCCUCAAGCAUCCGGGCGUGAAAAAGAAGAUCCUGGCUGGAGGCACUGGGCCGCUGCCUCACUUCCCACCUGGGACGAAGCUGGUUUUCAAUUUCCAGACCCUGCUGGACAACUUUGAGCGCACGGUGGUGGACGACAGCCGACUGGCCGGUAGGCCCGCCGAAAUCUUUGUGGGCAAGAUGUUCAAGUUGGAAGUGUGGGAGACGCUGCUCACGUCCAUGCGGGUCGGAGAGGUGGCAGAGUUCUGGUGCGACGCCGUUCACACAGGUUUGUACCCCAUCGUGUCAAAGGGGAUGCGGCUGAUUGCUCAAGGCAAAGACCCCCUGGAGGGCCAGAGGCAUAUGUGCGGCAUGGGGAACCUCUUCCACUAUCACUCCACCGGCUUCCCGGAGCUGGAUGAGCUCAUGAGAACGCCGCAGCCUCUCAUCUUCAUCAUGGAGUUGCUCCAGGUGGGCGACCCCAUGUCCUACCACAGGGAGUCGUGGAUGAUGGAGAAGGACGAGAAGCUGAGCACGGUGCCCCUCCUCCACAUGCGGGGCAAUGCGCUUGUCAAACAGCGGCAGUUCCGGGAGGCGGCCAGCGAGUACAAGGAGGCCGUGCUGCUGCUGAAAACGGUCCAGUCAAGGGAGAUGCCAGGCGACGCCGACUACAUGAACUUGGCCUGCCUGAUCGUCCCCCUGGAGUUGAACUACUGCCAGUGCAUGCUGGAGCUGCACGAGUACUACGAGGUGAUUGAGCACGCCAGCGAGCUGCUAGACAAGCACAAAGACUGUGUGAAGGGUUACUACAAGCGAGCCAAGGCCCAUGCUGCCGUGUGGAACGAAAAGGAAGCGCGCCGGGACUUCAACAUGGUGGCCCACCUGGACCCCACGCUGGCCUCGCUGGUCCACCGAGAGCUCAGGGCCUUGUCUGAGCGCAUGAAGGAGAAGUACUGGCAGGAGAAGGACGCCUACUGGAAGAAGCUGGAUGUCAAGGAUGCUGCUGAUGAAAAAGAGAAGAAGGACUCGGUGGACGAGGAAGAGAAGAAGGAUGCCCAGGUUGGAGAUGAAGGCGGGAAGGACGAUGGAGGUGAUAAGACGGAGGGAAAGGACUGGCAGCAGAUGUUACGUCUGGUGAUGCUGCUUCAGGAGCAAGGGAACGUCCUGAUGAAAGAAAAAGGCUUCCAAGAAGCUUCUACAAAGUUCAAGGAGGCCUUAGAUUAUGUGGACUUCCUUCAAAAUAAGCAGGUGCGUCGAGGCGAUGAAGACUGGGAAUCUUUGGAGAAAGUGCGGCUGCCUCUCACCAUCAACCUGAGCCAGUGCAUGCUGGAGCUCCAACGCUACCCGCAAGUGGUGCAGCUCAGUGACAAGCUGUUGGAAAGCCAUCAAGGUCACUUCAAGGCACUCUACCAGCGUGCCCGGGCACACGCCGCCUUGUGCAACGAGGAAGAAGCACGGAAGGACUUUGCAGCCUUGGAGAAGCUGGACCCUCAGUUCAAGCCGGUCGUCCGACAGGAGCUGAAGAAGCUGGGCGAGAACCUCCGCAGCAUGCACGCCCAACAGAACAAGACCUACUGGCUCGCCACGCAGGAGAAGUUGGGGCCCAGAGAGGCCCAGAGGAAGAAGUUCACACGGGAGCUUGGUGAUAGCGAGGAGCAAGCAAACGAGAUAAAGCAGAGCUGCAAAACCAACGAGGAGAAUUCCGAUAAUGAAAACACUGCGAGCGCCGAAGUUCCGUCAGAUCCCAAUUAGGACCGCCGCUGUUGGUGUUAGCGUAGCCAGCAGGUGAUCGGCUUGAGCUAAAAGCAUGAAGAAGUUCAGACGCCAAACAAGAGCGGCGGUAAUAAGGCGGCCAUGGUGAUCACACAGGGAAGGGUUUGCUUUGGGUUGGGGUUAGGGCUAGGGGUUAAGGUUAGGGUUGAGGGGUUAGGUUUAGUUGUUAGGGGUUAGGCCUACGUGUCCGGGUAGUGGUUAGGGGCUAGAGUUGGGGGUUGACGUGGGAGAGUAGGGUUUGGAUUUGCGUUCGUGGUUAGGGUUAGGGUUAGCGUUGAGUUCGUGUUCGGUUUCGAGGGUUAGUGUUAAGGUUUGGAUUGGGGGUUGGGUUAGGGUUAGGGUUAGGGUUGGGGUUGGCGUAGGGUUCGGGUUUGCUCUCAGCUAGGGUUAUGGUUAGCAGGUUAGGUUUGGGUUUAAGGGUUAGGAUUUUUUGUGCAUUUUUUGUGCUAUCUCUCAGAGAUGUCAUCAGCAAAUUGAAAGAUUUCGCUUGUCUCACUUGUACUGUACGUAUAUGACUUUCCGAUUUAUUUUAACCUCAAUAGUAUGGAUGAAACAUAAAAUUAAGGGCUGUAUGGCACAG